UUCUCCUCUUCUUCUCUUCUUCCACUUUCAAGUUUUCUCAGCAGCCACACACAAAUUAAGCAAACUCCUUCAUCAUAAAGAAGAUUCAAUGGCUGAUCCCAUCAUGCUAAGCUCUCCAUUGUUGAAUGAUCAAGAAGAUGGAGAAGAUGAAAGAGGAAGGACAAGCUCAUCUUGUAUUCAAAAAGUGAUCGACGUGCAAGAAUCCAAGGCUCAAAUCAUUUACUCUCUUCCAAUGAUAUUCACAAAUCUUUUCUUCUAUUGUAUUCCUUUAACCUCUGUGAUGUUUGCUUCCCACCUCGGCCAACUCGAGCUUGCCGGUGCAACCCUCGCCAAUUCUUGGGCCACCGUCACCGGUUUUUCCUUCAUGACAGGGUUAAGUGGAGCACUUGAGACAUUGUGUGGACAAGGGUUUGGUGCAAAAAGCUACAGAAUGUUAGGGAUCCAUCUACAAUCAUCUUGCAUCGUCUCAUUAGUCUUCACCAUCCUCAUCUCCAUUUUCUGGUUCUUCACAGAAUCAGUUUUCAGACUUCUCAGGCAAGAUCCUAACAUCUCAAAACAAGCUGCACUCUACAUGAAGUACCAAGCUCCCGGUUUACUCGCUUAUGGUUUCUUACAAAACAUUGUAAGAUUUUGCCAAACACAAUCCAUCGUAACUCCACUAGUCAUCUUCUCUUUUGUUCCCUUGGUGAUUAACAUCGCUAUCGCAUAUGUUCUGGUUUAUUUGGCUGGACUUGGAUUCAUUGGUGCACCAAUAGCUACAUCUAUUUCAUUGUGGAUAGCUUUCCUUUCUCUUGGAACUUAUGUGAUGUUUUCAGACAAGUUUAAGGAAACAUGGACCGGAUUUUCGUUAGAAUCAUUUCGUUAUGUAGUAUUAAACUUGACAUUAAGCCUCCCUUCUGCAGCUAUGGUAUGUUUAGAAUAUUGGGCGUUCGAGAUUCUUGUGUUCUUGGGAGGACUGAUGCCAAAUCCAGAAAUUGCCACCUCUUUGGUAGCUAUAUGUGUCAAUACGGAAUCAAUUAGCUACAUGUUAACAUACGGCCUUAGCGCAGCUGCAAGUACUCGAGUGUCGAACGAACUUGGAGCAGGAAAUGUAAAAGGCGCAAAGGAAGCGACUUCUGUAACCGUUAAGCUGUCUUUAGUACUUGCUCUAGGCGUAGUGGUUGCUCUACUUAUAGGUCAUGAUGGUUGGGUUGGGUUAUUUAGCAAUAGUCAUGUGAUCAAAGAAGAGUUUGCAACACUGAGAUUCUUUCUUGCUGCCUCUAUAACACUUGAUUCGAUCCAAGGUGUUCUAUCAGGAGUGGCCAGAGGUUGUGGAUGGCAGCGAAUGGUCACGGUUAUAAAUCUAGGAACAUUCUACUUCAUUGGAAUGCCUAUUGCGGCCUUUUGUGGUUUCAAGUUGAAGUUGUAUGCCAAGGGUUUGUGGAUUGGUUUGAUAUGUGGGAUAUUUUGCCAAUGCUCAUCUCUCUUGCUUAUGACAAUUUUCCGGAAGUGGACAAAGCUGAAUGCCUCGGUCUGAAACUAGUUAGUUCUAUUUUGUACGUAGCUGUUAUUGUGGACGAGAUUAAUAUUCUUUUUUAAUUUUCUCGCUGUUCUUGGAAUGUAAGAGCUCAAUUUUCACUCUAAGCUUUGAAAGCAACUUCUUAUU